AGCCUGUUGACUUGGUCAAAUUCCGUCGGGAUUUGUCUGGUAGCUUACAACGAACAGACACAUCCGCGAAAGCGAAGAAAGAGAACAGCUGGUGCAAAGGUUCUUUUCCAAACCAGAACAACGCAUGGCAUCUUCAAAGUGAAGCUAAAACACGACAACGGCCACAAGCGUCGAAACAUGCCGUCAGACUACUCGCCAAGUAAGUCGCUUUCGCCCAAGAAACUCGAGAAGAUGCCGCAGAUUGCGGGGCGGAAAUCUUCCGGCGAACAGAUGCCAGACCACAUGAUGCGCCUGCGCCAGGCGGUUUCCGAAUUCACGGAAAACGUGGGGAAUCUUGGACGUAUUCAAUUGUUACGUGUGAAUUCUUUGCGUAAAAACUCUUCCACGUGGGUACUAUGUGAAAUGACAGCCAGAGAUUUGCUGUACGUGCUGGUAGUAAAAGUACACCUGUCGCAUGAAGAUUUCAUCAAACCAAAACACAGGUGACCCCUCGUCCUCUCCGAGCAAGCAGCUGCGGAACAGUAACUUUACCUCCUCCUCCCCGCCCACAUCCCAAUCCCCGGACCGAAGACGCGGCGCGAAGGCGGAAGACAAGGACAAGUUACUCCGAUCCUCCCUCGCGUCUAUGCCGGAAUCCAUAGCGUCCUCCGCAAAAUUUGCCGGCCCCCCACCUCCCCGGGUCUCUUCCGCCUCGGCCUGCAGCACAAUGACGGCGCCGGAGAGACACGAAGGAAAUGCAGCUAACGUUAUCACCUACCCGAAUUCGCGCACCGUCGCGCGCUGCACCUCCACCGAGGAGCUGAUUGGGUCAAACUUCGACGGAAAUCUCGUGUCCCCGAGCCCGCCAAGACCCAGCUCAUCCAGCUCUAGUGCCGGCGGGGGGUUAGCGGGUUUAAUGCAGAGACGAAGCGGGGCUGCACCACCAGGAACAUCAAGCUACAAUUACAGCACCGGAAUCUCGGGAAUAGCAGGCCUCGAGGGUGACGAACUGCGGUUUUCCGUUUCCACAGUUGGCAACGACGAUUUUUCGAACUCCAGCCUGAAAAACCCGUUAGAGGAGGUGAGCAACAUCCCGUCGAAGCUCGACUUUGGGUCGUCCACCGCAUCCAGUCAGAUGCUGCGCCCCAUGUACCAAACGCAAGGAUGUCUGGGUCUGGAAGAGUUCGAAUUUGUGAUGCGAAGGCUACAGCAUGACAAAAUCUGUCAUGCAUGGCUAGCAAAAGGCCUCAGCUCUUGUUACCGAAAGAAGGGAUUUGUCAUGCGGAUUAGGCAUUCGGGUACCUGCUCAACAUCUGUGACGCUAGAGCUUGCAUGCCACACGAUCUUCUUGGCCAGGCAAAAACUGCAUGACAGACACAGAGCUCGCAUUCUUCCAGACCCAGACAUAUUUGCAUUUGAUAUCAUGCGGGUUAAUAACACGACGACCAGCAAUCCCUCGUCCGUGACCUCUUCGAUGCAGAAUGUGCAGAUCCCAGACGACCUGCGGUUGUCUGCGGAGGAGAAGAAUGAGGCAGUCAUGGCAGCAACUAUGCGGCUGACAAAGCAGAGGCUGGACCUGUUACCGAACAACAGUCCCGGAGCAACAAUAUCCAAUUCCGGUGCGAGAACGCCCGGAGCCAACUCUGCCGGCGUUGCCAUGCCCAAACUCCCUCUCCCCUUCCGCGCGAAGGAGUCGGACUUCGUGGGCGAUAAAUACCGGAAGACGAAUGGGGAAGACUGGUCACCAAACACCGGAGGGUCGCAGUCGUCGCACAACCUUGCUCCGGGUAAUGACGUGGAGGAGGGCACGCCGCCGUUGCUGCAUACGCUGUCGCAGGAAGGUGCAACAUCAAAUGCUGGUGGUGGACCUGGCCCUGUUAUUCCUCUUUCAACGGGAGCUGGUGCACCAGCUUCAGGAGCUGCAAGUGCAACCACCCCCUUCCAAGAUGUCGAAGUCGUGGACCAGGACGAACCUUUGCUCGGAGGUACCAACGCAAUUUUCCAGCCCCGAGGACCUCCAGGCGGGUCUGCAUUGUACCCUCAGCCGGCUGAACCGAUACAAAUACAGCAGCAGCUGCAGCAGAGCAACACCGCUCAUCUGUUGAUCAAGAAGCAAAAAGUGCCUGAAGAAGCUUCCACCACCAUCCCAUCCACAAGCGAUGAGCAGGCCGGUACUAGCGCGUCGGACCACAAUAUCGCGGUUCCGGCUGCGGUAAUCACGGAAGCAGGCGUCGUUCGUGUCCAGCCACUGUCAGCAACGACAUCAGUCGAAACCCCAAUGCAACAGGAGCAAAAUAACUCCCACAACAGCCAGCAAGCUGGUGCCGCCCAGCAACAUUUCUACAUCGGUACGCCCGACGCAGCGAACGCGAGCGUGGUGAGUAGCACGGCGGCGAACGAAUCAUUCUGCCCGGGAAACUCUGUGGUUGUGAAUAUCCCGCCGCAAGACGUGGAGAUCCUGGUGGAUCAGAGAAGCAAUGGAAAUAGCAGUAAUUUGAUGUCGUCGCAGAGAACAAGUGGCGCGUCGAGUUCCAAUGCCGCCAGCCCGGAAAUCGUGUUCAACGCAGUGCCGCCGCCGCCCCCGAAAAGAGCAGCCGCUGGUGCACAAGGCAAUUAUGCCAGUGGGUUGAACAACAGCCAGCAGAAUAGUAUCAACAACUACGUGCUGUCCCAUUCCCAGGAGAAUUUCCUCAACACAUCCAACGCGAGCUCGGCGCCGUCCAGGUCCUCGUUUCACCGAGGAAAUACAAAUAACAAUCUGAACACCAGCGGGGGCCACAAUCUCAAUCGCAGUAGAAACAGCAACUACGCCAUCCCCAUGAGCAGCGACCGUAGCCACAACGAGUUACUCUCCAACACCUCCGCGUUUCACAACAACAGCGCCUACGGGUCUUCCAGAGGUCACGGGCCGGGAAUGAACAGUUUGAUGGGCGGGAUUACGCAGUUGUUUGACGAAGAAGUCAAUGGGAAUUUCAUCCCCGACCAGAGUCUCGACGACUACGAGGCCGAGGCGCAGGACAUCUCCGACUUCUUGGAGCAAGCAGGCGAGAGUCCGGUGGACAAGCGUACGAGGGUAGCGAUGUUGAAUCGCGGAAAACUGCAACAUAAACCGGUUUUGUUUGAAGACCAGAAUCAAAAUGGUUUUCGCAGUGAGCAACACCAGGACCACGAGCAAUUGUCUGGCAACUUCAUCCUCGGUGAUGCAACGGCGAACAACAGCACCUUGCCGAGCAGCAUCCAGGACCACGAGCAAUUGUUUAUGCCUUGCACGGUCGUUAGCAUACAGAGUGGUGAAUUUGCAGUGAAUUUGUAUUGCAUGACUUGCAUUUACUAACAAAAGAGAAGGGCGCUACGUAUUAGACACACGAGCCCAAGCAGCCCACGCAGCGUGAAGGGCUGCUCGUCGCCCGGUGGCGCUUGCAGCACCGAAAGAAGUGGUCUUGCGGGGGCCCGCCGGACUGUGUAGGGCAUAUGUAACCAAAGAUGGUGAAUCGUGGGGCUCUUGUUCAUCUGCGCGUCUGCCUCAGAAGUUCCUCUCCGGAAUGGUCGGGAGGGAGGGCGACGCCUGAACACAGGGGCACUAGUUCAACACGUGCGCUCUCACGAGUUGUGGUUGUGGCUUGGAGUUGGAUAUCUGGGAGUAGCCUCGGGCGGAAGGGAAGGCACGACUCGGCUACGGGCACUAGCUUGCUUGGCCUGGUGUGCUCGGCUUACAACUCCCCAGUCGUGUUUUUGCCCCCGGAGCAAGUCUUUUUCGACGUGGCUCUCAGGUCAAGAAUUCUCUUGGUGAAUUUUGAGGCUUUUUGUUUUUGCGACACUUUUUUGAAGCCCCCAAACCCGGAGUUUCUCACGCGCUAGCGAAUUUUGCGAAGGAGCCGGAGGCCAAAAUUCACCGGCGCCCUUUUCAAAAUUCACCCCAAAAUUCACCGGGCGCCCAUUUUCGACCGUGAUAAGCAAACUUUAGCGCAGAAAAGUGCUCAAAAAAGUGCACAGAUAGGCCAUGAGAAGGAACGCAAAGGCGGAAAAAGCGGAGUCCUCUGCUGCCCUAAGCCCGUCUGUAUUCUGCUGAAAAUGCCGCAAGAUUUCACGCGCCUGCCGGAAAAAUGCGUCAAAGCUCUCGGCCGGGUCCUUUCGUCCUUGCCUGCCUUCUUGCUUAGUUGUAUGCGCCUCGCAGCCUUUAUUUUUGGCGUCUUUGCCGCGGCUGCUGCAGUGCUCUUCUGCGGGAACGGGGAGGCGCAAAAAUCUGCCCAAAGAACGGCGCCCCGGCCAUGUCCUCUGGCUGCCCACUGCACAAAAGCCCGCGGCUGCUGCGCGGUGCAGGGCCUUCUACUUCCCAGAACAGGGCCAAGAGGGACAAUGUCCCGGCGGGCUCAUCUGCAAUUUGGCAUGCAAAAUUCACUACAAAUUCACCACUUCUCAUGCUAACGGGUGUUAAAGCUCUAGGCAAUUGUCUGGCAACUUCAUCCUCGGUGAUGCAACGGCGAACAACAGCACCUUGCCGAGCAGCAUCCAGCUGAAGUUCGACCAAAGUUCCGUCAGUCAAAACGACAUUCUCUUGCAACAGCAGCAGCAGCAGCAGAAUACAACUUCUAGCAUACUUUCCUCGCAAAGCUCCUACGAGCAGCAGCAACUACAGCAGCAGCAUCCGGUGUCCCAGUCGCUCGCCUCGUCCACCGAUCUGUACUUCUCCGCCGGUGCGCUUGCUCCGGGAAGCGGCGGAAAAAGCGUCUACCCCCGGGAGCUGUACAAGGAUACCAGGAGGAUCGGCGGGCAGACGGGCGACUACCCGGCCGCGGUGGUGGUGGAUCAAGACAACAAUCUCCAAGACGACCAGUUCGCGUCGACGAUCAAAGGGGAGAACUCCCCUGGAAACUCAGAUUUUGAACCGUCGAUACUAGCCGAUGUAACGCCGAGGACACCGGCAGAAGAUCGUGGCGCGCUGCAGGGUAGUGGAAGAGGCAUGAUCGGAUCGUCUUCGAGAGGACACAACACCUCCUCCUCUUCCGCGGCCGCGCAGAGCCGCCAGGCAAGCGGCACAUUAAGGAUCCAGAUUCACGACGGGCACGGUUCGAGCGGCGGCACGUUGUCCGCGUCGCCGGAUUCGUUGCAGGGGAGCACGACCAGUGGUGCAGCUGCUGCGGCUUCAAACAAUUACCGACUGGCGUCGGUUCGGUCCACGGAGUCUACGCCGCCCGUGCGAGCGCCGGAACAGAAACCGCUGAAUCGGAGCGGAGUGAUGGUGCCGAAGUUGAUUCUCCCAUCUUCGAACGACAUCAGCGGGGAAGAAGAAAGUAGCCAGAAUGUGAGCAACUUUCAGCAAGAUGGCACCGGAGAUUAUAGUCAACAGCAGCAGCAGCUACCGGCUUCUGUAGACGGUGACGAGAACAAUCCCAACAACCGCUCCCAGCUUUCCGCCGGCGGUGCGAGUUCGAUCAAUUCGCAGAAUGAAAUUCACAGAUUCAUGAAGAACUGCAGCAAUGGGAACAUCAUGGAGGAGUUGCAACCAGGAUCGAACUCCCACGCACAGCAAAUGCAAAGGCAGCAACAGCAGCAAAAUCCACCUGGUGCAGCGGCUUCAGCCAGUACUGGCAGCAGUAUGCAAAUCCCGUUUCUGCGCAGUCGACAGCACAAUGACCCCCAGCAGUUUUUCAACAACAAUAACGGCGAGGAAACCGCUCCUUCGAGGACAAGAUUCACCCGGUCGAAUCACCAAACCCCGUCUCUGCUAAUCGGCGCGUCGGCGACGCAUUCGCAUUUGAAUUCCAUGAAUUUGAAUAAUGGCCGGAUUCAUCACAAUCAAGACACGUUGCUGCUGAACUCACCGUUUGACCGCGAUUUAGAGCGUGCUAGCAGGCUGCGGCAGUUGUCUGGCGGGCAACUAUCUGGCAACAGCUCUGUGAUGGGUUCGCGGAACAGAACACCGACGUCCUCUUCUUCUGUGAAUGAAAGCGGGAAGCAGAAGUACCACUGGCGGGUACGGCAGAAAUUGCUGGAGUUGAAGGCCUGUGCCGGCGUACAGUCUAGUUUAAUGAACAACGGACAAGGCAAUCCCAUGGUCGAUAAUGACGCGCCUUUCCUCGCUGGGCAGGAGGAGGAAGAAGUACACAUUGCGGACGUCAGCACGCCAAGCACAGAGAACGGAGCAAUGCCCCCAAGAAGAGCGCGAGGCGCGCACGUCCGGGAUAAUAUGGGCCGGACGGGGUCACAGGUAUUCGCAAGAACGCUUUCCAUACGUACAGGGUACAUCAGAGAUGACUCCCGUCUUCAGUUUUCACUCAUGCUUUUUUCCAAAGAUCUGGCGGUGUAACUGUACGAGCAAAGAGGUGCAGAAGCACGAGCACACGAAAUGGUCUAGCAUAAAUUUCAUUUCAUUUACGACUGCAGGGCUCGUCUGGUAGACUUGGUCCAAGCGCGUCCGCCUCACAAGCCGAUGGUACGGACCCGCUGGACAUUGCGGUAAGCCGGCCUAUUUUCCUUUUGCUUUGUUAUCAGUUCGAGCACCACCAUUAGCGUAAAUUGAACAUGAACGAGAAGAUCAUGGGAUCUUUCAAAUUUAGAUUCAGUGCAGCUGUUGAGUAGAUGUAGAAUGAUGGGAUCAGAAAUUCUAGAAAUUGUACUCAAACGCAAACUAUGUAAAUUCUACCCGCAAAGGUCCUCGAAAAAGAGAACAACGUGCUGGCUGAGGAGCUGGUCCGUAUGCAGCUCUAUUCCGAAAAUGAAAAGUACGAGCUGCACGAGGAAAUCCGCGCAGCCAAAAUGGAAAUCCAGGUAUUGAUCAUUUUCGUGAUGCAGCUGUUUUCCAGAUGACAGUUAGUGGUCUGUUAACGUAGACGUACCACAUGAUCCGCUUACAUCAUCCGCACGGGUUCGCUAGCACUGCGCUCCGUUUAUUCAUGAGCCAGAGUUUGAUAGUAUACCGUGCUAAAAUAAAGGGCUGCACUGCUAAUUUUCAAAAGGCGAAAAGUAAAUCUGGUCAAAACACUUCACCGUCCUUAAGGACCUAUGGUUUAGUGUUUACGACUUUUCGUGCGUGCGACAAAUCUAUACAUAGCUUCUACCAAUGACAAGUUGCAAUUAGUGCAAAUGCUGCACAAGAACGAGAGCCAGAGCGAACUUCUGAUUUCAAAAAAGAUCGUUUUCAUAGUUCCGCCAUCGUUGAAAAUUCGUUAAAACAGCGGGAGCGGCGAAACCGCAUGCGGAUCGAGAGCAAAUUGGCGGUGCAGAGCAAGUACUCGGAGAAAAUGGUGUCCGACAACAUAGAGCUGCAGACAGAACUUUCCGAGACCUGCCGCAAGUUCUUCUCCUCUGCGGCAUCCUCCGUCGCAGGCAGCAGAAGUGUCGGUGGCAACGGCGGUGGAGGCCUGAGUCAGCACGAUCUGUCAAGUACUGAUCCCUGCUUGAUUGUGUGUGUGAGUUGCUCUUGAUCUGUUGGAAAGUGUCGGUUUGUAGUUCCUUUGUGCUCAUUGUCAUUCAACUUUCCGAGCGAAAAUUUGUAUGGCACACCAGGAUGACACCUAGAUUUUGUCACUACCGCGCCUACCACAUCUAGUGUGUGGGCAUGGGCGAGACACUUCUUCAUGGGUAAUUUGCGUCUGACAAAACCGGUCUUCUACCACGAAGAAGAUUUGAAAAGCAGUAGUUUGAAAGAUUUCUGUAGAACUUUGAGGGUGAGCGAUAAUAUCUGCGUUCGAUACUUCUAGUGUAUGUGAUGAAUUCCUCACGAUUCUGCAUCUAUGUAUCAAAGGUAUUGCAACCGUCGGUGGCCUCACAUCCGGAAGAAACUCUCGCGCUUCUUCUGUCGGUCGGUUUGCUGAGUUCGUCUCUUCUCGCCCAGCGCGCGCACAGGAGCGAUCUGCUCCGCCGGGGGGCGUUCGGCUGUCAUCGUGGUUACCAGGGGAACAUCAACAUGCUCCGUAUUCGUUUCAACAAGGAAGUACCAGAGGCGGAUCGGCCCAGCGCGACACCACAUCAUAUCUCCCACGACCUGUGCAACACUCUCAUUCCGCGCCCGCAGCUCCGAGUCAGCUCGCGCACCCUACGCAAGUGCAGCACUCUGCGUUUGCGUACCAGCAGCCGGUCAGUCAGUCGCAGCCCUCUUCUGCCGCGUUUCCUCAGCAACAGCAGGCUGCCCCUCAACCGGUGAUACAGGUUUCGGUUUCUCAGCCGCAACCGUACCCUUCUGCGUAUAAUCAUCAUUCCAUGCCGCCGCAGCAAGUUCUUUCCGGGGGUGGCCCGCAUUUUACCCGACAGGGCACUGCAGCUCCUUCUGUUCCGCAAUUUACCACCGCACCGCAACAGCAGCAAUUUCAGCCACACCAUCCGGUACAGUUUGCGAUCCCACAGCAAACGCAGCCCCAGUUUGCUGUUCAGCCCGCACCUCAGUGGACGGCUGCUGCUCCCCCGUCGAAUCCUCAUGCAGGCGUGGUGCAACAUGCUUCCUACAACGACGGUGUCCAACAACUUCCGCCAGCACACCAAGCCCAGCAAAACUUCCACAGCACGACCUCUUCCUAUCAAAGUCCUUUUCCUCAACCAGGUCCUUCUGUUUUGAAGAACAGCAACGACCAAACGCCUCAGCUUCCGUUUUACGCAGACAGUUCUGCUCAACAGUCGGUGACGUCUUCUGUCAUCUCGCGGGGCUUCAAUCAGUUGCGCCGGCAGUCGGUACAGAGUGUAUGGAUUGCAAAAAUGUCUGGGUCUGGAAACUUGUGAUGCAAGUCAGGGAAAAAUGCGCAUACUGUAAAGCACUGCCAAGCAUGACAAGUUUUUCCGUGGUUCAGAGUUGCGUACUCCGCAUGAGAAACUGCGUUUUUGCAUGACAGGGAAGAGAAGCCCUUUGCCGCCACGCAAUACAGAGCUCAAAGUCACGCCGGACUAGCAAUCUUCCAGACACAGACAUUUUUGCAUUUGAUAGAGUGCUGCGGGAAACAACAUGGACACGACGCUAGAAAGCAGGAUGCGCAUGGCAGCGGAGCAGCGAAGAAAAAUGCAGGAGAAAGCAUUCUUGAAGGUGAAUGGCUUGGCGAAUUAGUAGAGAUCGUCGUGGUAUGCUCUCGCGCUUCGGGGACGAGCUGUUCCGGUGUCUCUGAUUAAGUUCAGGACAUGAUUCGUCGUGGUUGGUUUGCUGGUUUGCGCUUCUCAUCAUGAUAUGAGAACGCAGAUAGAAGGCUCAUCAGCAUACCUAGGUUGGUAGUACCAAUAACAGUACGAAAUUGUUUUCCGCUCGCGUAUGUUAGAAUUCCGCUUGACAAGGUUGCUCGUAACUACAAAGACAAAGAAAUGCUACACGCGUUGCCGAUCGAGGCAGUAAGGAUUUUCGCUUUAUCAAUCUAUUGUAUCACGAUGGACUCCCGAUCCAGUCCAUGUCUCAGAGCAGGUCGCCUCGUCUUUCUCCCACCGCACUGGUUUCCUUCUUCCCAGAACUACUUCUGUUUUACCGAAGUGCGACCUUCUUCCGAGAACUAAAACUUCCCAUUGCUAUGCCUUGGUAAUAAUUUACGCUACGCAUCGCAGCUACGAGCUGCAUCUUCAAGUUCUUCGUGUAUACCCUUCGCCGUACUUACUCGAACUCAACCUGCUGGGGGAGAGACAAAACUUCCGGCGUCUUGACGCCCCGGGCACCUGCUGCGGCCACGCAGGUAGAAGCUUACAAAGAACGCACGCUUUCAGCCGUGGGAGCUAAACUUAAAAAUGUGAUCAGGAGGCUAUCUUCAGAAAUUAAAAUGGAAUAACGAUGCCGAUUCAGGGUUCAGGAGAAAAAAGGAGGAUCGGAUCGCCGUCUUCACACGAAAAGACGAAGAGCUCUGGUGUUCAGUUCGAAUUUACAUGGCACAGUUUCGAACCUGGCACAGAGGAAAAGAAAAAGAGGUCAGAGAAUUUUUCUGAUUAGC